UAUAUAGUGCCUUAAAAAAUGGGGUUUGGAGGUGACCUGAAGUAUUCUCAUGAUGCUUUAUUAAAACUGCAAGACUGGGAACUACGACUGCUGGAAACGGUGAAGAAAUUUAUGGUAAUGCGAGUAAAAAGUGAUAAGGAGUAUGCGUCCACUUUACAGAAUCUUUGUAAUCAAGUAGAUAAAGAGAGCACUUGUCAAUUGGAUUAUAUCAGCAACGUGUCCAAGGGUUGAUUGAAACAGUACUGCCUCAUCAGUAAUAAAUCAGCCUUAAAGAAAAUGGAGAACUCUGGCUACAUUUUCACCUCUGAGACCACUCUUAUGAACUCUUCUAUAACCACAAGACCCACUCCUCUCAGACAGAUGUUUAAUGGUGUUUUUAUCCUGUGCAGCUUUGCAAUAUGGCUUCUGACGUCAUUGGAAAGUGUUCUGUAAUGGAGAGGUGAAACAGUUUUCAGCCAUAGCUGGGAAGCUUUAGGCCGUGACCUUUUACACCACCACACUAAGCAGUCUGAGAUAGCUCUGUGCCAGUCUGUGGGAUAUUUAUGAGCUAAAUGAAAUGUUGAAGAUGGUUUAAUAUAUACAGGAGUUAACUGUCUUUUGUUUCUUUCUCUAGAAUCCAGUUUGCAUUGCAGCAUUAUCAUGUAGAGAUGGAAAUAUUAUGUAUAUAUGUUCAUAUAUGAGAUGUAAGGAAACCCCAAAGCUACCAAACAAGUUAAUUUUCUAAGUUGUGAUGAUCUAAGGUGGAUUUCUGUUUUUAGUAAGAGUAAGAUAAAUGCUAGUAAAACUAGCAUACUAGCUGCCUUCAAAACUGAUAAUUGUAUGGCACGUAGCCAUUCUGAAAUUUUAGAUAGAGCAUAGCAUUCAAUAUCAGGGAGUUAUCUCUAAGGAAUCCAAUACUGUUGCCACCAACAAAGUGUGACAAGGAUCUUUAGGGUAACAAAAGCUUUUAUUUGAAUUGAACUGUAAUAUCAUGUUCAUAUCUGUGGUGCAUUGGAAGUCUCUCUGUUCAUAUUACAGUUAUUAUUCAAAAUUCAAAGCCACAAAUGGCACAUUAAGCUGUCCUGAAAACUGACUGACAGAACGGCCAAGGAAGUUAUUAAAGUAGGAUACAGAAAUAUGUUGGGUUACUAUGACAGACAAGUAACUGCUUGUGUCUCUUAACCUGUUAGCACCUUAUGCUUUGAUAUUGGUGGCCUGACUGAUGCUGUCAGUUACGUGAAGCAGCUGACGAAUGGUAUCCUUUUAAACCAUAACCACUUAAAUGCAUAUUACUGUGAGGUAUUUAGACAAGGCCAGAGAAGUCAGCUUGAACAGAGAAACUGUGGCUGGGAAACAGGACAGCAAAGGACACGGGAACAUGCUUGUCAGGGGUUUUGGGGAUGUAUUCCAAAAAAGGUUGUAAAGCCUUCAUCGGUGUUCAGAAGUACUAGGACAGUGCUGAAGGCUGAACAUACAAUAUUGUAUUUUUGUCUCUGGUGCUUUUUUAUGAUUUUGUGAGUAAGUGUGAGGCAUGAUUCUGCUAUAGCAGGAAGAACUUUAUUUUAGAGAAUCUCAAGUGCAUUUGGUCUUGGUUGCUUGUGGUGCAGCAAACAGAACAGCUGAGCAAAAUAAUGAAGACACAUGCAGAGGAUCUUAAUUCUGGGCCUUUGCAUAGGCUUACAAUGAUGAUCAAAGAUAAGCAGCAAGUUAAGAAGAGUUACGUAGGUGUUCAUCAACAAAUUGAAGCAGAGAUGUACAAGGUCACAAAGACAGAACUAGAGAAACUAAAAUCUAGCUAUAGACAACUAAUAAAAGAAGUAAAUUCUGCCAAAGAAAAGUAUAAGGAAGCUGUGGCUAAAGGAAAGGAGACUGAGAAAGCCAAAGAUCGGUGUGAUAAAGCCACUAUGAAGCUUCAUAUGUUGCAUAAUCAGUAUGUGUUGGCACUGAAAGGAGCACAGUUACAUCAGCACCAAUAUUAUGAUACUACGCUUCCUCUGUUACUUGAUUCACUACAGAAAAUGCAAGAAGAAAUGAUUAAAGCCCUAAAAGGAAUCUUGGAUGAGUAUAGCCAGAUCACCAGUCUUGUAACAGAAGAGAUUGUGAAUGUCCAUAAAGAGAUCCAGACCUCAGUUGAACAGAUAGACCCUAACUCUGAGUAUAAUGACUUCAUAGAUACUCACAGGUCAUCAGAAGUUGUUGAACAAGAAAUAGAGUUUGAUACGUCUUUACUAGAAGAAAACGAAAACCUUCAAGCUAAUGAGAUUAUGUGGAAUAAUCUAACAGCAGAAAGUUUACAAGUCACGUUAAAAACAGUAAUAGAAGAACUGAUUCAGACACAGCAAACCCUUUUGAGCAAAGAGGAACUUGUGUUGGAACUGGAGAAAAAAAUAGAAGAGUCGUCUAAGACUUGUGAAAAGAAGUCUGAUAUUGUACUCUUGCUGAGCCAAAAGCAAGCGCUGGAAGAACUUAAACAAACAGUUCAGCAAUUGAGGUGCUCUGAGGCAAAAUUUGCAGCCCAGAAAGAACUCCUGGAACAAAAGGUUCAAGAGAAUGAUGGGAAAGAGCCACCACCUGUAGUGAAUUACGAAGAAGAUGCCAGAUCAGUGACUUCUAUGGACAAGAAGGACAAAGUCUCAAGAUUUGACACUAUACGUCAUUCCAUUGCUGGAAUUAUAAGGUCUCCAAAAUCCAUGUUGGGCUCAUCGUCGUUCUUUGAUGUAAUUUCAACCACUGAGAAACCAUUGGCUGAGCAAGACUGGUAUCAUGGUGCAAUUCCAAGAAUAGAAGCCCAGGAGCUGUUAAAACAGCAAGGAGACUUCUUGGUGCGAGAGAGCCACGGGAAACCUGGUGAAUAUGUCCUUUCUGUGUUUUCAGAUGGACAACGGAGACACUUUAUCAUACAAUAUGCUGAUAAUCAGUAUCGUUUUGAAGGAACUGGGUUUCCAACUAUUCCUCAGCUCAUAGAACAUCAUUACACAACAAAGCAAGUUAUUACAAAGAAAUCAGGUGUUGUUCUGCUGAAUCCUGUUGUGAAGGAUAAGAAAUGGGUUCUCAAUCAUGAAGAUGUCACACUGGGAGAAUUACUGGGCAAAGGUAAUUUUGGUGAGGUGUAUAAGGGAACAUUAAAGGAUAAAACUCCUGUUGCUGUAAAAACUUGUAAAGAAGAUCUUCCUCAGGAACUGAAAAUAAAAUUCCUGUCAGAAGCCAGAAUACUCAAGCAGUAUGAUCAUCCUAAUAUUGUAAAACUUAUAGGAGUUUGCACACAACGACAACCUAUUUAUAUUGUUAUGGAACUUGUUCCAGGUGGUGAUUUCCUGUCCUUUUUAAGAAAAAAGAAGGAUGAGCUAAAAACCAAACAGUUGGUAAAAUUUUCAUUAGAUGCUGCUUCUGGUAUGGCAUAUCUUGAAUCUAAAAACUGUAUACAUAGAGACCUGGCUGCAAGGAACUGCUUGGUAGGUGAAAGCAACAUUUUGAAAAUAAGCGAUUUUGGAAUGUCCCGGCAAGAGGAUGAUGGUGUGUACUCAUCAUCGGGCCUAAAGCAGAUUCCUAUCAAGUGGACUGCUCCAGAAGCUCUCAACUAUGGGAGAUACACAUCUGAGAGUGAUGUAUGGAGCUUUGGAAUCCUUCUGUGGGAGACCUUCAGUUUAGGAGUAUGUCCGUACCCUGGAAUGACCAACCAACAAGCACGAGAACAAGUCGAGAAAGGCUACCGAAUGUCAGCACCGCAAAAAUGUCCAGAAGAAAUAUAUAAAAUAAUGCAGAGGUGCUGGGACUACAAACCAGAAAACCGGCCAAAAUUCAGUGAGAUUCAGAAAGAGCUGUCUUCAAUCAAAAAGAAGGUGACAUAGUGAUAAACAAGUGCCAAACUCAAUGUGUGGGACUUCAUUUUCCAGUGAAGUAUUUUUUUCCCCUCAAACACUAUGCGUUUAUACAACAUUAUUUGCAAUAUUCUUCUAGGAUUACUUUGAAAUUAAUUGGGUUUUUUAUAUACAUGUGUAUCAUCUUGAAUGAUGCCUACACCUGCAUUAAAGACAUGUACUGCGAAAUGCUAUAUAUCCAGUCACAGUAAUAUUGUCAUUUAGGUUACGUGUAAAUAGAAAAGCACAUACUAUAGAUUUAAGGGACUGUGGCUUUUAUCUGUUUUACAGCAAGUAACUGCUAGUGACAUUUUUCAGAUGUUUUCUACUUUGAGCUGUGUUCUCACUCAGCUAUGCCUGUCCCGUACGUCAGCACCAGCAGCACUCUAAUGUGGUGACUAUCAUACAUGUUGACCUUAAAACUGAAGACAGUUUUGACAAGUAUUUCAACUAGAAACUUUUAUAUUUUUUAAAUUCUUUCUGCAACUGAUAUUUUUAAGUGAUACUUUAAGGAUGAAGGUCAGUUAGAUUCUGGAUGCAAAUGUGCUUACUGAACAGUGAAAUCCAGAAUUUUCUUGUGUAGAAAAUUGAGUUACUUGUGCAUUUCUUACCAUACUGUAGUAAAUACUUCUGACUUUUGAUGUGAUUUACUUAAGCCACACCUUUUCUUCCUAGAAAGCCAUCAGAAUUCAGUAAUAUGUCUCCUUUACAAUGACCUAUGUUUGUUCAAGAAACAAAAAAAACAGUAUCAAGUCUUGACUACACAUGUUAAGAAAUACUGCAAAUCAUCUGCCUUUCAAAGAAUAUGUAAAAGCAGCAGGCCAACAGAAAGAGGUUUACAAAUGAGAGCAGCAGAUAACAGCAGCAGAUAACAAAUAUUGUUGAUCUUAGAGGAGUUAAAGAAUGUGAAUUGCUUGAUUUGCUUUUGAUCCGGAUUUUUUUCCUUAAAUUUGUAAUAAAUCUCAGAAUGCAGCUGGAGUCUACAAAAGUUUAUGCUAAGCAAGGGUACAUUCCAUGCUUAGUGUCCAAAGAAAAAUACUACUUCUGUAUGGCAUAAGGAAAUUGUUCAAGAAACCAAAAAAAAGAAGUAUGUUUAAACCCUGUGACAGGCUGAGCAAGGCAGAGUAGAAAUACUAACUUCUAACUUUUUUAAGUCAUUGCAAUCAGAUUUCAAAAGACUGGGGACAGGCAAGUUUUAAAUGCCACCAGGAGUAAAAACCUUGUAUAUAUAAAAAAAAAUUCCACCAGAAAGAGUAAAAACUUACUAGAUAGGGGGUGAGAGGAAAGGCACAGUUUGUUACUCUGGCUCUGGGUCCUCUUUGCAGCUGGAAUUAUUUUCUAGGGCCCUACAUAGAAAUAGGAACAAGUUACAGUAUCCUGGUCUGAGUUCCAGAGUUAAGUUGCUUAAAAUUUUUCAGAUCAAGGGAUGCCAGUUGCUGCUAAUGCAAGUAAGAAACAAGGAUUGUAAGUAACACAGCAUCUGGAAUGUUAAUUAGCCCUAUAUUUUUAUUAUUACAGUUGGAUAGAGAUGUAGUGAAGCCAGUGGCUACAUUACAUUUUUAUUUCUGUUAAGGUGACUAUUGUCCACAACAUUUUUGCUCUCUAAAGUGUAUUUAUAGUAGUACUGAGUGGUAAUGUUUAAGGGCUAUGUGUGACCAAAAUAUCUGUUGUCUAGAAGAGUUUGUCUAUUACAUUGGAGUUAGAGUCCAAAUAAAACAAUGAAUCAUCGUGCUGGAGCACAUCACCUGCAUUUGAGGUGGAACUGUCAGCAUCCAAGUAUAAGGAAUGGUGAGUGCUUCUGGCAUUUCUUAAGUGAUUUUUUUUCUUGGAGCUAAGGAAGCAUAUACAUACCCAUGAAGCUAUAGUGCUUGGAAGACUUGAUGGCAUAAAUUUAAACUUCCUUAUAAGCAUACUGGAUAUAUUUACUUCUGUACUUCCAAGUAGCCCAAAGAUAUUUUUCAAGAGCAAUGGGAAAUAUUCUUGUUAGUUUGUAUGCUUUUAAGUAGUACACAAAGUUUGUGCCUUAAUUUGCUAGCAUGCUAAUGCAAAUGCAAGCAUACUAAGAUUUAAGGAAUGUUCCACAAUCAUUUGGAAAUAUCCAAGAUUCAUCCAACUGCAGAUCCUUAUGUAUGCAUCACUGAAGUCUGCAAGUAAGGAUAACAGUGUCUCCUCUGUCAGCAUUCAUAGCUUCUAUGGAGAGUUAAUAUUCUGUUAUUAAAGAGAUAAACUAUUUCUUUGCUAUAUGCCCUUUUGACAGCAAAGAAAUACUGGUUUAUUUUUAUAAAAUAAAAUACUGUUUUAUUUGUCUUAAAUUAACCAGUCAUCUUGACUCUCACAUAAAGAUAAAAAUUGUACUCAUGUUUUAUUCUGAAAUAGUUAACAUUCAUAAUUCAUACCACACUUCUGUUUAAAUUCAAAGACUUUUUAAAACACGCGAUUUCUACAGCAGCAAGAAAAUUUGUUAUUAUUCCUGAAGUAGGCAUCAGGUCAGUUCAAAAAUAAUAACUCUUUGGGAGAGUACCAGAAUGAGUUUAUAGGUAUAGAAUAAAUCUAAACACAGGUUCAUGUCUCUUCAAUUAUUUAAACUGUUUUCUUAUCAUUAAUUUGGCAGUUUCUGGCAGAACUUGUUCAUCAUGUCUCACUUGUAAUUAUUGCAAUUAUGCAAUUUAGGAAGUGGAAUCCGUACCUAUAGAUACUGUGUUUAAGUUUUUGUAAACUUCUCACAGGGGAGUUCACAAACAAACCUGCCAUACAAUGAAAUUUAAAAGAAAGAUGUGGUAUUCAAGAACCAGAGGUGCCAUUUCUGCUUUCUGUGGACUUCUGAUGACUCAGUCUUACAUUAUUCAUAGGUUAGCCAGAUAGAUACUGGUCAUUUGGUUCAUGUACCAUGUUUAUCCUAGAGAACCUACAAAAAAGUUAAAACUCGGUCUCUUUUGCAAGUGUAGUGUUUCAGGUAGGUUCUUAUACCAGCACUGUCCCAACAGGGCACCCUGAGGGAAUGCUCAAUUUUUUAUGCUGUUAAAUGGGGAGAUGCUCUGAAUAUUGUUAAGGGUCAAGUAGAGGUACCUCAGCCUGUUACGUGAGAUUGAAUUCAACAGGUUAUCUGUUAUUUUCAUCUUUUUCCAAGGAAUUGCAUUCAUCAUUUUAAGAAAGAUUGUUUUGAGGGAAAAAAAUGCAUCAUUAGUUUAUUAUCAGUAGAAAUUAAGCAUGCAUAUUAGCUUCAGAGUUCAGUCAUCAAUGAAAUCAUGAGGAUUCCUAAGCAUUUCAAUUUUAUGGAAAGUAAAAUAGUGAAAAGUGUCUUGUCUGGCAACACACCUUGCUUCAGCACAGUGUGAUCUUGUAGAGUCAGCAUCCCACAAAGACAUUCUCUUUGAAAUGUACAUUUUCAUUAGUUUCUAAUUAAACCAAUGAACUAGUUUUUCAUUUAGCAACUACAGUUAUAUUGCAUUUCUUCUUAACAAAAAUCUGCCUUUUUGCAGAGUUGCCUAAUAUUUUUAUUGGAAGUUGUUAUUGGAACAUGCAUCACUAGAAGGCUGUCAGUAAGAACUGCAGUUUGUAAAGUAAGCCUGAUCUUCUUGAUGAGAAACUGAAAACUGGUUAAGGAAAUAUUAGGUUAUUCAUACUUCAGUAUUUUUUCAUCUAUGUCUUUGACCACCUGUUAUGCUUCCUCAAAUCCCACAAGCACAUCACUAAAACUUAAUGCACAUCACUAAAACUAUGAAGUUAUCCAUUUGUUAUCUCUUAUAACUAUUUAGUUAUCCCUUUUGCACCCUUCAUAGAGGUUCUAAAGAAAAAAACACUUUCUUGUGCUUACAGAGUAACCAACUCUCAGAAGCAUUUAGAAAUGUUUCCCCCCUCCCCAAAUUUUUCCAAAUGUGCUGCUGCACGGGUAUUAGCAAUAGUGAUUAACUACUAGCCCUGUUUCCAUUAUUCUUGCUGUCAUAUCCUCUAAAUGGCAGUGCCACUGACUCACUUGAAACAGUGCAAUAUUUGAAGACAUGAGUUAGUGUGUAAAUAGUGUCAUCAAAUAUGAUAUUCGAGAGCAGUAGCUCUGAAAAUGGCUGGUUGUCACAAAUAAUGAUAACUCAUUAUAAAGGUGGAAUAAAAAGAAAGAGGCUAAUUGAGAAAAUCCACUUCCUAUAACAGCUGUCCUGUUUGUAGGCAACAGAAAUUUUUGUUAUGCCAGUGCACUUUGAUUUGUAACAUUUUUACGACUGAGCAUAAAAUAGUUUGCUAUUAAAAGAAGAGUUCACCAAUUAAUUUUUUUUCCCUAAAGCACAAAAGGACAUGUGAUAUUGUUGGAAGCAUUCUUGCUAGGCAAGUCAGGAUAUGUGGAGGGAAGAAUACGAAGGGAAGAAUACUCUUACUACUAACCGAGGUACAUAUUUUUUCUUCUUAGAAUCAUAUUCAUGCAGUCCUUCCCUUUCAGGAGUACAGGACUUUAAUUAGUAAUUAGAAAGUACCAAGCAAGUCCAGUAUUCCUGAAGUUCCAAACAGCCAUGAGUUUUUAAGAGUAAUCUGGUAAAUUUGGAACAUCAACUCUAUUAAAAAUAUUUUCUUCUAGUUUCCUUCUGCAGAUUCACUGUAAAAAAAGCAGUCCUUAAACAAUCAUCAGUAACAACUUAGAAGAAAAAUGCAUCAAGCUUCUUUAAGAGUAACUUCAGGAAAGAAUAUUUUUUGUAAUCUUGUACUAGAAUUCCCCCAGGAUAGCUUUCCUUUCUAAAAAACUGAAAAAAAUCUUACAAAGCUGAAAGCUUCAAGUUGAAACAGAAGAAUCCUUUCACUUGUCACAUUCUGAAUGGUCUUUCAAGUAUUGCCACAGUUUCCUGAAACUGAUAAUGCACGUGUGAUUUCCAGCUCUUACAUACUUUUCAGCAUUGCAUAUUAAUGCAUUAUUAACACCCAACUUUACUUUCAGACCAAGGAAGGGAAGACUCCCUCACGGAACAGUCCAGCAAGUUCUGCCUGGUAGUUCCCACAUUUUCCUUAACUUCCACAUUCAGUUAUCAGAGUCAUUGUGUUCAUUAUAAUAAGCACCACAUAGAACAGGAGCUGGAAGCUAGACAUUGUCUUUAAAUCAGCAGCUAAUCCCCCAACAUUUCACAGCUUUGACUCUAGAAGCCAACUUGGUUUUGGUUCUCUGUCAAAGAAAAGCCAUUUCUGUAUUUCAGUCUUACUACUAAUCUAAAAAACAGGAAGGUUCAGAGAUAUAUUUGCUGUUCCCUCCACCAAUAACUGUAAGUUACCCUUAAGUCCCUGUUAUGUCACUCUGUCUCUUUGACAUAAAAUUCUGACUGGAGUGUAUGUCCAGGUAUAGAACUUGGGUGUUAACUCUGAGUUGUUUCAUUUUCAGGAAGUUGUAUAUUAUUAGCUGUUUUAGAACACCAUUUUAUCAGACAUCGUCUAGGCAGGACUUAAAUUAGAAUGUUCAGAUGGUUUGGGGUUUUUUUCUGUGAGAUGAGGGACUAAUUAGAUUGUUAGCUACAUGCAUUGUUAUUUUGCAGCUGUUUCAGAUUAUGACUAUGCGAGGGUCAUUCAUUUAUAGAUCUCAGAUUAUGUAUGCCUUUUCUAAAUCAAAAAAUGUUAGCCACACUUACAAAAAAUGGAUAAAUAAAGCCUUCAAAUAUAGUUGACAGAGGUCAUAAAGUGAAAACACAGAAGAGCCAUGAACUACAUUCUUUCUUCCUCUAUCCUCCCAGAAUUGAAUGCUUUGUAAAUAAAACUUGUAAUAACUGGCUUUGUGUUUAUAGAUAAAUACGACCUGUGAACCACUAUGAUAACCUAGGACUCACAUUGCUACUAGCAAAGAAGGCUUGGAAAAAAGUGUUCCUAAAUUGCUACUAUUUGGAGUUGUCAUCUAGUUUUAGAAAUAUAAAUGUUUAUAGAUAAGUACAUAACUUAAGUUUUCUGUGUACAGUAAGAGAGACAGUGCAUGCUUCUCCAUUGAAACCCUUCACCAAUUUAAGGCAACUAUGCUUUUUAAAAGAAAAAUCAGAUUGAUCAGUGAUUCCUUCCCGAUUACACAUGUUGAAAGUAUGAGCCAGAAGUUUCCACCACUAAAAAAAAUAGAUCCACACUACUGUCUUUGUAUACAGUCAGCUCAGUCUUCCUCAACAUAUAAAGAAUUCCGUAAUUGUUAAAUGCAGUAGUAAUACAAAAUUGUUGGAUUACUGAUAUGUAAACUACUUCACUCUGAUCUUUUGCUUCAAUCCCUAAAGAAUCUUUCUGCUCUUUAAAAAGGGCUGCAGUAAGCUUACAGUUCUAGGUGAGCUCUGCUGUAAUAAUCUGGCCUGUUGCAUCUCCCAAACAUUUCCUAAUUAUGAUGGCUCCAUGUACCACAAAUGGUGCCCUUCCACUUACUUCCAAAAAGUUACUCUUGUGACAGAAAAGUUUAAAUAUAUCCCUGCUUAUGUUUGACUCAAAAAUAUUGUAGUGAUGUUAUAACUUGAUACCUGUGGCAGUGUGUUUGUAUGGAAAUUGAAGUAACUGUGGAUCAAGGUGAAGCACAUUGUUCAGAUCAUAUUUUUAAUCAAGUUAAAAACCCUAAAUAUAUCGUGAAUUGUCCACAUUGUAAAAGACAUCAGAAAAACAACGUUCCUGACUUCCUGUUUACAAUACAGAGCAUCCUGCUCCUACUAGGGAACAAUAUAAAGGUAAAUACAUUCCUUGGAAAAGGAAUGAUUUUGCUGUCAGACCAGAUCCAAACAAUAUCUUUAAAAGCAGUGACUUAAUUCCAACUAAGCCUCGUUGUAAACUUCCUUCUUCUGAACAGACCUUUCCAAACAGUGUUAAUUUUCAUUACUGUCAUCCAUUUUGCUGUUGGAAAUUUGACUUCUGUACAUCACAUAACAUUUACUUAUACUGAUAAUUAUACCCCCACCACCACCAUGAAGUGCUGAGACUUGCAGCUUCAGAAGAUAAGCAUUGCUAAGUUAGUAAAAGUCUACAGGGAACUGAUCUUUCACUAGGUGUCUGAGUUGAUAUGGCUUAAUACAUUUUAAAUGUCACUAAAGUAAUUGCUUCAAUUAAAACCUGUUAUACAGUUUGAACAGCAGUAUUCCUUGCUCAAGAUAUCUCUGCAAUAGUAAUAUUUGUAUUUGGCUUGAACUCAAUAGGAAGGCAGAACUGCACCUUCCCUCCUCUCUAGUUUAUCAGGGAAGGGAACUGCUGAGUUCAAGUAGCCAAUUCAGGUGCUGUCAGCGAUUCUGAUACGUAGCGUGGAUGCAGCCAGGAUGCCAUAGAGAAGGCCUUGCAGUCUGCAUGGCCCCUCUUUAUAAUAUGCCUGCACUCGCUAUAAGUCACUAUAGUCCACUUCCACUGGAGACUGGAAGUUUCCUGUAUCUCUGAGUGUGGCUAAUUCUUUAAAUCACCUGAAGUUGUAGUGCUUAAGGAGAAAUAGUGAAUUUUUUUUCUUUGUCAUGAAAUGCAGAAAUGCAAUAUGCAAUGGGGAUUCUCUGCAUUAUUUUCCUUCCUUCCACCUCCUACUUGGUUAUGGCAUAGAUUCAAAGUCUUCAGUAGAUUGAACAACUAGAAUAAACAUAUCUGUUUCUGCUGUUAAUUGUAUCAUUACCUGUAACUGACAAGUUAACUUGUUUUUUCCACCAAGCUUCCCACCUAAUUUUCACUAAAAUGCUAAAAACACGUAAUAGCAAAAAAGUUAUGAUACAGACUCAUCACACAGGACACAAAAGGCAGGCAGACUCCUACAAAGAAAUUUUGAGGACUGAAAGCCAACAAUAAAUAUCUGUCUCGUCCCUUCUGUUAAAGGAGUGUGUAGUUACAUGCAUGUUCAAAUGACUUCCAGAGAUGAAACUUGGACUGCUGCUUUUUCAGUUGCAUGUGUUACUUUUCCUUUGUGUAACUGUAGGCAGCUGGAGAUGGAGGAGGGGUGCUGGGGAAGAAGAGAAGGUUGGUUUACUGACCUGCUAGCACACGCAAAGCUUUUGACACCAGUAACCUUGGGUGGGCACAUAUACUGUUUGCAAAUGUGUUUAGAUUUGUAUUCAAUUUUGUGCCAAAGUAUGCACCAGCAAGUUUAAUAACAGGUAAAGCACCUUUUAUACUCUUUAUUGUUUAAAAAUAAUAUAUUUGUGAAACAGAUCGAUAAUACAUAACACUGGAAAUGGGUGCUUCUUCCCAAAAGUACACAUGUAAAAAAAAAAAAGGAAACAACAUUUGUGAGUUUAUCUGGCUUUUAAGCAAGUCUGGAAAUUAUAACUAUGUAAUACACUUCCCAGUUGUCUGUCCUUUAUAAUUUUAAAUAGAUCUGCAUUUUAACUUUAUUUAUUUGCCAAUUUUUUAUAUACUUUAAAGUUACACUUUUGAACUCAAGCUAACUUUUUAUUUUCCUAGGCUGUUACAAAACAGAAUUUCAUUAUUCCUGUAAACUGCAGACCUUUUUUGAAUAGUCCUUUGUCUUUUCCUAUGGACCAGUUACCACUAAUGAGUCUGCAGUCCCCUUUUUACUGUACUCUUCCAAUAAACGUAAAAUAUUUGUA